CUCUGCUCGCUUUGGCAUCACUUCAAAGGAGGCGUCAUGGUGUCUGUUUUUUUUACGCUCUCUGUUAAUUUAAAGCCCGUGACCGGAAGCGCGAGCUGGAAAACUUUUGGUGGUCACGACGUCACGAGGAUUGUUGCAGACAAGAGACAAAGUUGGGCUGUCUUCAGUAAACAUGGCCUCCACCAUCAGAUUUGGGACAACAAGCGGCCCGUGCAGCAAAGCCACCACAGAGAGGUCACAGCGGGUGGACGAAAGCGAUGAAAAGGACGCCUGUGACCCAGACAAACUCCUGCAGUGUCCCUUUGACAAAAAUCAUCAAAUCCGGGCCUGUCGCUUUCCGUACCACCUCAUAAAAUGCAGGAAGAAUCAUCCUAAACUGGCCAGUGAGCUAAAAACCUGCCCUUUCAACGCUCGCCACCUGAUCCCCAAGCAUGAGCUGGCAUACCACACCGAGACUUGUGAGGACCGAGUAUCUGUGGACACUGAAGAUGCUGGGAGCACUAAUGGACAUUGUAAUUGGCAUGUCCCGGUCAGUACCUGGGUAAACCCCCACACGACAGAGGACUGGGACAAAGAAGCCGAUAAUGAUGUUGCUCCAUUUGUGUGGGGUGUAAACACAAUUUUGAAUCAAAGGGCAGAGACGAAGCCUACCAACAAUCUCAGCCCAGGUUUUCGAGCACCCAAUACUCUGCCGUGGUCUUACGAGUAGUUAUCUGCUGGCUGCAGAUCCAGAAAGAAGGAAGGCAUUGUUUUGUAUAUAAAUGCAUGACUGCAUGUUUGAUUUUAAAUUUGUUCUUAAAAUUUUUUUGCCACUUUGAUUUUAAUUUUCACAAGUAACCGAAAUUGCUGAGAGCCGUAUUAAGAUGUGACAUUGGCCUUCUAAGAAAUGUACAGUUCAGUGAAGUAUUUUUAUUUUUGUCUUCUGUUGUCUUGCAUCCUGUGUGCAGAUGGCAUCAUGUUGUUUUUUUUUUUUUCGUAGUAAAGGUGUUUUGAUCUGAAAGUGUUUUAAAUAAAUCAAGCUUGUCACAUGCUGUAGUUUGCUCUGCUUUAAAGUAGCAGCAGUUUGGCUGUAAAUUAGGAUCAAAAUGAGAAAGCAGUUGCAUAAAUGUCCUUCAUUACAAAUAAAAGUCAUGUGUUUGGGUUCAAGUAAAUGUACAGAUAUUUUCACAAGCAGGGAAAAUGGGGUGGACUAAUUUCUUUCUUUUAGAGAAUUAAAGAUUUACAAUAUGUUAAGAUUGGUUAAUGCUGAUUCAUCGGUGUGGGUUCUGAUUUACAGCUGUAAUCAGUCAAGAUCGUAAUAGUUCCUGUCACUGUAUUAAAGACCUGAUAUCAUGUAGACACUGCUUGUUUUUAAUCAGUGUUUCAAGUCUUGAUCUGUUUCUCACCUUGAAAAGACAUUUCCUUGGCAAUAAGUGACUAUAAAUGGUACUUGAAACAAAUGGAUUUCCACUGAAAUGUUCUCUCGCACCAUUGAGUCUUUUCAGUUGUGUUGAGAAAUGGUAUCUUUUGGGGGGGAAUUAACUCAACUUCAUGUCGCCACCAAGCAAAAUAACAAGCAGGGAAACAUAGUUACAGCACAGGGCUGCAUCCAAAUUAAAGGUACCAGCUUUUUACAUCCACACCCAGGUAUAACAAAGAUACCUGAGGUACAGCAUUACAUGGACGUGGUUCCUCAGCAGCUCAACUUGUUGAGAUGGUCCUGUACCUGAACUCGAAGGCAAGACAGUGACGUGGCAAUUGAGACGAUGUGAUGCUAUGCUUAGUUUUACAUAGUUGGUGUCGUGCAUGAGUUUCAGUGACCGAGAUGGUGAUAAAUGAAUUAAAUGAGCUGUUAGUUUAAACUACACUUGUACAAUCUAUUGCCAUAAUAACGAGGAGGAGCAGAAGACGUCAUAUGUAAUCUGUUAAGACUUGCUGAGACGGCUGAAGUUGUUGUGUAUUAAUGUAAGAGUUAUGCUUCUUUAACAUGUUUUGUCUUUUUCACGCCAUUUUCAAACCAUGAUGCAUGUUAAAUUGUAUCCUUGUUUAUGAGAAUAAACAUACUUGGAGGUGAA